CUCCUUCUUAGAAACCCACUACUUUAAUUCUCAUCAGAUCUCUUCCUUCCCCUACUUCGAUUCAACAAAAACGACCCAUCAGGCUUCUUUUUCUUGAAAACAAUAAUUUCCUAUCUCACCAAAUCAAAACCUUCUUGAUCUCCAAUUAUUUCCUUCUUUUUCUUCAAAGCAACAAUUCCCCAUCUCACUAAAACAAAGCCUUCUUGAUCUCCAAUGAUUUGAACUCUUCCUUCCAUUGUCUUUUGAAAUGUCUGAUCCUCUCAGGCUGUUCUGUAUUUUCAUCUUGCUUUCAAUCCCAGUCUCAUCGCAGCAACACGAGCUCAUCUACGCAGGAUUUCAACAGGCGGGUUCCAACAUAACUUUGAAUGGUAUUGCAGAGAUUGAGAAAAAUGGCAUUCUAAGGCUAACAAACGAGACAAGCAGGUUAAUGGGUCAUGCCUUAUAUGCUUCUCCAUUUCAGUUCAAGAACUCCAGCAGUGGCAAAGCUUUCUCCUUUUCUGCUUCUUUCGCUUUCGCUAUAGUACCCGAGUACCCCAGACUCGGUGGCCAUGGCCUCGCUUUCACGAUGGCCACUUCUAAGGAACUUAAAGGCGCUCUUCCAAGUCAAUAUCUUGGGCUAUUAAACGCAAGUGAUAUUGGAAACUCUACAAAUCAUCUUCUCGCCGUUGAAUUCGACACAGUUCAAGAUUUCGAGUUUGGAGACAUCAAUGACAACCACGUCGGAAUAGACAUCAACAGCCUGAAUUCCAACAAAUCCGCAGCUGCAGCUUAUUUCAUAGACGAUACCACAAAGGUAGAUCUCAAUCUCAAGAGUGGAAAUCCAAUCCAAGCGUGGGUAGAAUACGAUUCGGUUGAUAAGGUUCUCAGUGUCACGAUUUCACCGACUUCUUCAAAACCCAAAUCACCAAUCCUGUCAUUUCCAGUAGAUCUGUCACCUAUUAUUCAGGAGUUUAUGUAUGUUGGCUUCUCUGCUUCAACAGGAUUGCUUGCUAGUUCUCACUUUCUCUUAGGCUGGAGCUUUAAUAUUAAUGGAGAAGCUCCAGCCCUGGAUCUGUCUUCUCUUCCUUCACUUCCAGGUCACAGAAAGAAAAAUUUAGGCCUAAAAAUUGGACUUCCAGUUUUGAUCGGUUUUCUUGUAGUAUCUUUAGCAGCCAUUGCAACAAUUUACAUCAUCAAGAAAAUCAGAGACGCUGACACCAUUGAAGAUUGGGAGCUUGAAAUUGGUCCACACAGGUACUCAUAUCAAGAACUCAAGCAAGCCACUAGUGGGUUCAGUGAAAAGGAGCUUCUUGGGCAUGGUGGGUUUGGUCAAGUUUACAGAGGAAUCUUACCAGAUUCGAAGACCCAAGUCGCCGUCAAGCGAAUAUCACACGAAUCAAAGCAAGGACUCCAAGAAUUCGUAUCCGAAAUUGCUUCCAUUGGCAGGCUUCGCCACAGAAAUCUGGUUCAAUUAUUGGGUUGGUGUAGAAGAAGAGAAAGUUUACUUCUUGUUUAUGACUUCAUGGCCAAUGCAAGCUUGGACAGGUUCUUGUUCGACGAGCCCAAAACUGUUCUAAAUUGGAAUCAAAGGUUCAAUAUCAUCAAAGACGUUGCUUCGGGGCUUCUGUACCUACACGAGGGCUACGAGAAAGUCGUUCUUCACAGAGACGUUAAGGCUAGCAAUGUCUUGCUAGACAGCGAGUUGAAUGGGAAACUCGGCGAUUUCGGACUGGCAAGGCUAUACGAACACGGGUCACACCCGGAUACAACUCGGGUCGUUGGCACAUUGGGCUAUCUCGCACCGGAAUUGCCCAGAACGGGCAAGGCGACAGAAAGGUCAGAUGUGUAUGCAUUUGGUGCGGUUUUACUCGAGGUAGCAUGUGGGCGCAGGCCCAUUGAGCAGAAGUCGUGUCCAGAGGAGUUGGUCCUGGUGGACUGGGUCUGGGACAAGUUCAAAGAAGGCCGGGUCCAUGACGUGGUGGACCGGAAACUAAAGGGAGAGUACAAUGCUAAUGAGGUAGUGAUGGUAAUAAAAUUGGGCCUAAUAUGCUCACACAAUGAGCCCAAAAGAAGGCCCAGCAUGAGGCAAGUGGUGAGGUAUUUGGAAGGGGAGGCAGAGGUGCCGGAUAAUUUGAGAGUUGGCGAUGAAGGGAGGGGAGGGAGGGUUGGGGAGGGUUUUGAUGAUUUUGUGAACUCGAUUGCUUCGUCAACUUUUGAUCGAAUGAGCUCAUCGUAUUCAUUUAUGGCAACCGGGGAUGUUGGAACUAGUUUUUGUUCUAUUUCAACCUCUCCAAUCUCCCUUGUCCAUCCUAGAGACUAAAACUAGUCUUAGAAUUUGUGCCGCUUGAUACAUUUAUUUCUAUGAACAUUCUUGUCUCAUUCACGAAUGAUUAUUAUUAAGAGGGUUUUGGGUUUUA